ACGAGCUGAAAGAAUCCAACAUGGCAGGACGGGAACGCAAGCAAACAGACUUGGAUAAAGGAAUUGUGAUCCCGGAUGACUGGCCCGGGUACCCGCUGGACCUGUUCAACUCUCCCGAGCAUUACUGCGAGGAUCUGGAGUGCGUCUACAUCCCACACGGGGUUAUCAUGGAUAGGACAGAGAGACUGGCCAGAAAUAUCAUGGAUGAUCUUGGAGAUCAUGACAUCGUGGUGCUGUGUGUGCUGAAGGGAGGUUAUCAGUUCUGCGCUGACCUGGUGGACUGCAUCAAAGUCCUGUGCCGACACUCCAACAAGACCCUUCCCAUGAGGGUGGACUUCAUCCGGCUCAAGAGCUACCUGAAUGACCAGUCAACUCAAGAUCUUCACAUAGAAGGAGCAGAGAACCUGUCUGUGCUGAGUGGAAAGAACGUCCUGAUUGUGGAGGUACGUCUGCUGUCUGUCUGGAUAAACUCGCUCCCUCGAUCACUUUAA